CACCCCAACCUACAUGUACCACAGUAGAGAAGAAAACUAUCAGAGCAGAGAGAGAAAAAAUCCAAUCUCCCACCCUUCGCAACCUCCACCCUCUUUUCCAAGGAGACUUUGUCCAAGGAGACCUUGUCCCCCUCCUCUCUCUCUCUGUCUCUCUACAUCUUUCCAGUUUCUUUCCCAUGGCCCAAGUGGACCAGGAUUUAUGUGAGGAGAGAGAGAUGACAAAACAAAAGGGGAGGUGCGGAGAAAAGGGAGGAGAGAGAGGGGAAAGAGAGAAAGAAGGGGAGAAGGAAAGGAUAGGUGUCCUCAGGGGUGUAUCUUCCAAGUUCCAACCAACCCAUCCACAUCCCUCCCCUCCUCCAGAAAACAAAAAUAGAGAGAGAGGCCCCCAAGCAAUGCCAGAAAUGCCCCUCUGCAAGCCCAGGAAAUCUACACCUCCAUCAAAGCUUAAAAAAAAAAAAACUCUCCUUGUUCUCCAAUUCCCGAUUUGUAUGGGCCUCUUUCGGGUUUUGUCUUGGUCAGACCUUCUACACAGGGAGAGAGAAAGAAAGAGAAAACAAGGGGAAGGAACCUUCCCCUUUCUCUCUCUAUCCUCUCUACCUACCUUUAUUUCUCCAUUAUCUCUUCACAAUCUCUCUCCGCCUGUAUCUUUAUGACUUCUUAUUGGCACCACCUCUCAUAAUAGUCUUCGCCUCCCCCUUUUAUUCCUCCAUCUUCCCUUUUCCUUUCUCUGGAGAGAAGGGGCCAAGGAGAAGAUGAUGAAGAAGGUGAGAAGAGUUCCUCUCAUGGAGUCGUCUCCACCGUCUUCUUCGUACAUGGCUGCCGGGGAGGAGGCCAGGGCCCGGUUCAAGUACCAGGGGCUGUUGCAGGACUACGAGGAGCUCGUAAAGGAAUCCGAAGCAAAGAAGCAAAAAUUGCAGUGGGCAAAGCAGAAGAAACUCAGGCUCUCGGCUGAAGUCAAAUUCUUACGGAGAAAAUACAGGUGUUUAUUAGAAAACCCUUCUCAGGCGACCCUAUACAGACUUAAGAAACAAUCCCGCAAAAUGCCGUCAACAUCUGUUUGCAUCUAUGAACAGCCAAAUCCAAUUGUCCAAAGUGAAGUACCUCCAAAAGAUAGGAAUCACAGAGCAGUGGAGGCUGCAGCUCCAAGCACUUCUACUGCAAUAGAUUUGAACCAGAUCUCUUCACCGAAUGGUGAAGAAAUGGAGGAGUUUCAGGUGGGGUGGGAGCCCCUGAAAUUGGAGAAAUCAAAGAGGUAUUCAACUGAUGGCGAGGGAGGGGCUAAUGAUCUUAAAUUAUCAAUUUGUAGGGAUGUUGGAAACAAUUCAAACCGAGUGGGUAAGAGGAAAAUUUCAUGGCAAGAUCAGGUAGCUCUCAGGGUUUGAAAUUCUCUGCUAUAACAUGGGCGAGGAAGUUUGUUUCUUGUGCCUUUCAAUCAUCCAUCUCUUAAAGGGCACUUUUUUCCCAUCAAAUUUGGUGUGUAAAGGAGCAACUGAAGGGAAACUUGUAUUCCCUUUAUACAUGAAACUUAAUAGAGCUGUGAAAUGGUAGCAUCUUAUUGACGACUACAUAUUCGCAGAACCAUUUAUUCUUUACCAUUUUAUAAAAGCAGGAGAUUUUUCA